UCCAAGAUAGUCAGACAAGUAGAGAGAAUGGCAGAGUUUUUCAAUUUUAUAUUCCAGUAGAGUUUGAGUGAAACGAGACUUGCCAUGGAGAGGAAGGGGUCGCGAGGAGCGAAGCCGAAGAUCGUUCCUCUGCCGGGGAAUCUGUUCACCCUCGGGACCAAAUCAGGAAGAGCUGAUGCCCAGAUUGAUAAAACUUCAUCCCAUGGUUCGUCUUUCGCCCAGAGUAAAUCGUCAAGUGGGUCAAGUGACCGUGGUCGAGAUGGAGGUGCAGGCUCUUCAGGGUCACUGGCCAAAAAAUCUAAGCCUGGAUUUAGCGGCAGCGGAGCCAGUGUUCGUUCAGGAAUUCCAAAGCAAAGUACCGGUGACAUGGUCAACCUGCUCAGUGAAGAAUGGGAAAAUGUGGCAGCUGAGGUUGACCCCAAUGAUUUGAUACCCUUUAUUGAAGCUGGGGAAGAAUAUGGUGACAACUCAGAGCCGUACUUGUGUGGUGCAGUCAAGACUCUAAGAGCGCAGAGGACUAAGCCUGACAAUUUAUUGUGCUUUUCUCUCAUGUACUUGGCCAAAGUAAAGCCACAUCUCUUCAGUCGUUCAGAAAUGGUCACUGAAGCUUUUAGUUCCCUCCUGAAGAGAGAUCAUUCAAUGACCUACAAGGGCAAAGGGAAUGCAGCUGUCUCUGUCCUAGCUGCUAAUAUCUUGCUGGCUGCAUACCAAGAUGAAAAGUCCUGGCCUGACAUAUUUGUGCGUGUGUACAUUGAGGACUCCUUGGGAGAACGCAUAUGGGUUGAUCAUGAAGACUGUAAGGGCUUUGUGGAUAACAUAGCGACAGCUUUCAGAAACAAAUGCCUCCAAAAAAGUCUCCUGUACCCUGACCUCGGCAUGGGCAGCAGGCAGGACUGUCCCUCUCCCCCUGUAUCAGGGGGAUCUGGAGGUGCUGACUCAGGUGAUGGAGACUCAGAACUUUCUCUGGAAUGUAAGGAAAGUCUAGAUGUUAAUGUCACUAAUCGCUAUGCAGGCAUAAUGUCAGAAGUAGAGGAAAUGGUUAUGGAGGCUGUGCAGCAUCAGUUAGGUGUGCGGCAUCAAAAUCCAGAUGCUGUCGCACGAAAUUCUAUCAGGUUUUUAUCAUCUGUGUGUGGUAUUUUAGAGGUUAGAAGGCAAGUUGCACAGAGGCUGGAAAUGUGGUUACAAAGCCCUAAAUUACAGAGACCAGCUACAGAACUCCUAAUGUCCCUGUGUUUAAACUGUAACACACAUUCCCAGUUGGAUAUAGAGUGUAUAAGCCACAUAAUAAGGAUCAGGUUGAAGCACAAGCCCCUCAUAAACCAAUACAUGUCUUGCCUACGAGAGCUUCUUGCAGCUCAUCCGGAUAACAUUCCUUCAGUGAUGAAACACACAUUAUACAAUGAGCUGUCACAGGCAAGAAAUCCAAGCAAUAUGUCCAUACUCUCUGUUAUCUUCCAGUUUGCUCCUGAACAUGCAGCAAUCAUUUUAGCAGAAGAGUUCCAAGAACUCUUAUGUAACAGGGAAGAUUUUUUGCGUGCUUUGAGAGCAUUGCUACGAGAGAUAGUCAGGGCUCUGAGACAUGACAUGCAAUUUCAGAAGUUCUGUCAGGGACUCAUGAAAGAACGCAAGGAUCCAACAUUUCGUGACACUUUUGAGUUCAAAGAAAGGAUGUUUCAUAGUACAACAGAUCUGAUUGUUCUCACCAUCUUUGUGGCCAUUUCUCCUCAAGUUCGAGAGAGUGCCACACAAAUGUACCGUGGUGAGCACAGAGAUCCUGAAAUUGUGAGACGAUACCAGGAAAUGGUGGCCUCCAUCCAGCGUGAUGCCAUUCACUGGAUGUAUCGGGUUGUUCCAAAGUGUUACAACCCAAGCAAAGAAGAGUAUACAAGGUGCUUGCACAAAUUGCUGAUGUUUGAACAGGCAGAAGUUUAUUUCAUAAAAGACAACUGGCCUACUGAAAAUGACCGUCCACUGUAUUUUCGCUUAACUUCAGAUAUUCCAGUGAAACAAGAAACUUUGACAAGGUUGCUGAUGAUUGCAGUCAUGAAAGAUCAGUGGAUCAAAUCACAGGAUCUGAUAGAAUUAGUUGACAAGUUAAUCAAAAGAGCUGCAUCCCUCUCCAGUGAUGAUAUGGAAGUUUUGAGAAUUGAUGAUACAAAGGUGAUAGAGCUAAUCUUCAAUCUUUGCCCUUACAUUCCUCCAGAGAAUUCUCCACUACCCCAGGGCUAUAGACCUCCAAAAACAGCAAUUGCAAAUUUGUACUGGAAAUCAUGGAUGAUGCUCUUACUUAUAACUGCACACAAUCCCACUGUGUUUGGGCUUCUUGCAUGGGAAUCAUACCCAACACUGCGUACACUGAUGGAAAUGUGCAUAACAAACUCUUUCGUUUUUCCUCCUCCAACACUAGCAGCAGGGGAGAAAGGAGAAGAAAUGACCAAUCAAGAAUUACAUCUGUGUGCCCUUGAAAGACAACAAAUCCUUGACUUUGAGUCUCACUUGGCACAGAAAACCAUCACAGAACAAAACAGUUUGCUAUUGAGUCAACUAAUAACCAUGGAUCCUACAGGACCUGCAAGAAAACCCCCUCCUAUUGUCUUGGAUCAACUGAAGGCACUUAAUGCUUCACAUAAGAUUGGACACCUCUUGUGCCGAAGUCGCAAUCCAGACUUUUUGGUUGAUAUAAUUCAGCGUCAGGGUGCCUCUCAAAGCAUGCCAUGGUUGGCAGAGUUGGUCCAGAGUAGUGAGGGAGCUUUCUCUGUACUUCCUGUCCAGUGUCUGUGUGAGUUCCUCCUCAGUGAAACUGGAACAGGGAGUGGAGGGGGAGAUGGAGCUGCAAGACAUCACCAGUUGUUACAACAUUUGCGGUCACUGUUACGGGCUCCUCGCCAGGAAGAUGGAGUGAGUGUUGAGAUUCUAGACUACUUUCUACGACGCCUUAGUUCCCAGCAGGCCACAGCUCGCAUGCAGGCAGUACGAGGGCUCCAGUUGGUUGUGGCUCCACUGGGAGACCCAAUGGAGGUAGAUGGGGAGUCUCAUACUCCACAUGCUUGGCUUCUCCAACACUUGCCAAAUCUUCCUGGGUUUGACCUGGUUCAAGGUGUGGCAAGUCAAGCUCUCCGUGCAGCUUGUCAGAUUGAAACAGACCCACAUGCAGUGAGUGCAUAUAUACGGUUCUUGGCAGUGCACACAAGAGACGAUCCUCUCCAAGACCAGGCAGAGUUGGUGCAGGAUAUGGCACAGUUAAUUGUUGAGCGUUGUACAAUGAUUUCAGCCAUUUUGCCAGUGCCUGAGAGACCCAACCAACCCUUCCAGCAUGCUCACAAUACUCUCAAAGCCCUUCUAAUUAUAUUUAUCAACUAUAUGAGAGGUGUGCGACUACCUCCAAGAGAGUCUUUCACAUGGUCAGAAAGUCAGGAUCAGGUGCGCGUUCAGUGGGCAUCUGGGGAACAAGCUGUUAUGCACAUACUUGUCGUUCAUGCCAUGGUCAUCCUUCUCACUCAUGGACCUGACAACAGUCCUGAACUUUUCCAUGAGUUGCUGACAACAUGGUUCCCAGAGCAAGAGGAAAUGCCUCAAGCUUUCCUGGUAGACACAUCAGAAGAGGCUCUAUUAUUACCAGACUGGCUGAAGCUGAAAAUGAUUAGGUCAACUGUUCCACAGCUUGUUGAUGCAGCUCUAAAGGACUUGGAACCAUCACAAUUAGUGCUAUUUAUUCAGUCAUUUGGAAUACCUGUUGCCAGCAUGACCAAAUUACUUUGUGCCUUGGAUGUUGCUGUGAACACCAAUGAGGAAGCUGUGGCAGCUGCUGUCUUGGAUAAGAGCCAUAAAACAUAUAUGGCACAACUUGUUGAGUUGCUUCACAGCAGUCACAUGGCCCAAAAUACAGGCAUUAGGCUUACAUGUACGGCUACUCAGACAGGUGCACGGCUUCUCUCACUAUUGAUAAAAUUUAAUGUAUUCCAGGUCUCACAGUUAUUGCAUACAGAAUUAAGCAAGAAUGAGGUGCAGUCAUUUGUGCUACAGUGUUUCACCAACGACCUUCUUCACAGAGAACACAAAAAACAGGUUCAAGAUACAAUGAGGGUACUACAGAGACACUUCAGCCGUGAGAUAAGCAGGCAAGAUCCUGAAGGACCAUAUAUCAACGAGUUCCUGAAUAGUCUUACAGCUAUUGUGCAGUCUCCGAAGCAUGCACCUAGUUUUGUUGCUGGAUUACAUGAUCACUACAUCCAUUCAGCGUCCUUAUUCCGUAUGUUGCGCAAUCUGCACAACAAGAAAGGUUGCGAGAAACUGUAUGCUCUCACAUGCCAGUUAGUUGCCUUUAUCCUUCAGAUGGCUCCAGAAAGAAAGUCUCCCUUAACCAAUGUUCUUAACACCUUUAACACUGAAGAAUUCCCAGGCAAGAAGAUUAAGAAAAAGGAGCCAGAAGUUGAAGUUGAUGUAUCUUCUACUCAAGCAGUUCUGAUGCACCUAGCUAGCAUAGAACCAAGCCAACUGGAAAAGGAAAUAUGCCGUGUUGUUGGUUGUGCCAUGAAAGGAGGGAAAAUGGCACCUGUAGUGGGAGCCAUGUCACAGCUUUUAUUGUCAGGAAUGACAGUAAAGCAAGGCAAGGAGGUUCAAGGAGGGCCAAGUGCACCUACCGCUUUACUUCUAGACUGGCUACAAGUUCUUGACCCAGAGCUUGAAAAGGGGUCUGAUCAACUCCAACAAAUUCUCCUCUUCAAAAAGCGUCCUGGUAAUGAUCACAAAGAAGGAGGAUACAGUCAAGCUUAUCUCCUGGCUGCAUUUACGCACCAAGCAAGAUGGGACACUCUGGAACACUGUGUUCGUGCUCUUUUGCGUGUGCACAAUCCUGUUCUAGACGCUGCUGCUGUGUUAAGCUUUGUUUGGGCUGUACUGCAUGUACCCAAGCUGUGGCAAGGUAGGGAACGCAGAACACCACGACAUGCCCCUCAAGAAACACUUUUAUCAUUCAGUACAUCAGAAGUGGUACACAUAGCUCAGUAUAUGAUCACAGAAUGUCAGAGUUCUUUGGAUGGAGGACGUGGCACAUUACCUCUUGAGACACAUCUGCCUUUACUUCUACAUAGUAUUGAUAAUUCAGUGUCUGCCAUUCAGGCCUUGGCUGAACACUUGGCUGAGAUAUCUCUGGAUGAGAUAUCUCAGGGUACUGGUCCAUGUCAGCAGGCAGCAGGACACUUAUUAUAUCACCUAUAUCUCAGAUUGCCAAAGAUUAUUUCUUACAUUCCAGCAGGAACAAUGACAAAAAUUGUAUCUGCUGGGGCAUCUGGUGGCAGAGCUCAAGAAAGUGGAGCAGAUGUGGCUCUGCAUACACUUCUUACUAUGUUAGCUGCACCACAUCCAGGUAGAGAUUUUCGCAGGCGUAUGUCUGAUCUUGAAGCAGCUGUACGCAAACAAGCAGCAGCACAUCCUUUAAUUGUUCUUCGGCAUUUGCCUCUAUUAGCUGCUUCACUCAAAGGGACAAAUCAUCUCCAGCUAACAGCAUUGAGAGCAAGCAACUAUCUUGAACUAUUCUCCAUGGUCUUGGGUGUUUUAGAACUUUUACAACCUCUUCUGUUUGCUCCACAGCAUCAUGAUGCUCUCAUUCCCACACUGGACAGCUUCAUGGCCUUAUUUAAAGCUCAUGGUAGAAUGCAUGAGCUAGAACACCUGCUAGUUCGUUUUUCACACCUCUUAAUGGAAUGGGUUGGGUGUCAGGGAGGACCUGCAGGAACCUACUUGUGUACACAUUCUAAUCUUCUUGCAACACUCCAAAUGCAUUAUCCAGACAUUGCUGCUGUUCGAUCAUUAGCUGCUAUAGCUGCAGCACGUGGCAUGGAUCAGCCAAAAGAGUCUUCCAUGACACAGCAGUCAGGUGUUGAAUUUGGUCAGACGUCAGGAGGGUCACAGGGUCCUUUGCCUCCACCUUGGGUCAUGGGUCAAGUUGGAGAUUUACAAAGUCGACUUGAGUCUUCAACUUUACCUGAGGAACAACUUGACAUUCUGAAGAAAGUCAGUGAUCUGCCUGAUCGUUGGGUCAAUGCUGCUCUCCCUUCAUUCACGCAUACAUUUUGUGAGGGCAUUGUAAGCACACAUAAAGAGGUCAGGCUAUUUUGCUGGGAUUUACUUUCUCGAUUAUUACACCAGCGACCUGCUCUUGGAGGACGAGUUGGGCAAGCAGUUUUGGCUGCUCUAAAGUGUGAAGACUCUGCAGUUGUGGAAACUGCCCUAGAACAUUUGCCAGAAGUAAUCCUCCUCCUCCAUAAUCAAGCACCAGAUCUCCUAAGUGCAGCAUUCAUAUCUACACUUACAGCAUCAUCUAAUAUCACAGCUUCACUUAGUGAGGCUCUGACAUUGCUGCAUCUUCACACAGGGUCCUAAUGGGUGCAGCCUCUUACCUGUUGUUUUCAUAUAAUAAAGAUUUUCAGUGUU